AUGGAAGUCGAAGAGGAAGAAGGAAACACAGUUGAGAGGAUUUUUGUUGCGAUCAGAGUAAGGCCUUUGAGCGAAAGAGAAAAAGCGAGACAAGAUGUGUCGGAAUGGGAAUGCGUUUCUCAUAACAGCCUCAGGUUGAAGAACCAUGGCCAUGCAGAACAGCGAUCACCGGCUGAUGCGUAUAUAUUCGAUAGGGUAUUUGGGGAAAAGUGUCCAACUCAGCAAGUGUAUGAGGAAGGGAUUAAAGACGUUUCCCUUUCAGUAGUUAGGGGUAUCAAUUCUAGCAUUUUUGCAUAUGGGCAAACAAGCAGUGGAAAGACAUAUACCAUGGCAGGAAUUACUGAACUUGCUGUGAGGGAUAUAUAUGAAUACAUAGAAAAGCAUAAAGAAAGAGAGUUUAUUGUGAAGUUCUCUGCCAUGGAAAUAUAUAAUGAAGCUGUGAGAGACCUUCUCAAUUCAAAUGCUACCACACUAAGGCUCCUAGAUGAUCCAGAGAAAGGGACUAUUGUUGAGAAACUUACUGAGGAGACUCUGACAGAGAGAAGUCGGUUGCAGCUACUUAUAUCAAAAUGUGCAGCUGAAAGGACAACGGAAGAGACUGCCAUGAAUGACACAAGCUCCAGAUCUCAUCAAAUUCUUCGACUGACAGUUGAAAGCAGUCCAGGUGAUUUUGUAGGCACUGCAAGAUCUGGCGCACUUUUUGCCAGUGUGAAUUUUGUGGAUCUAGCAGGAAGUGAGCGUGCUUCUCAAGCAUUAUCAGCAGGCACAAGAUUGAGAGAAGGUAGCCACAUAAAUCGCAGUUUACUGACCCUUGGAACAGUAAUCAGGAAAUUAAGCAAGGAAAGAAAUGGGCACAUACCUUACAGAGACUCUAAGCUUACUCGCAUUCUGCAUAACUCUUUAGGAGGCAAUGCCAGAACAGCCAUCAUUUGUACAAUUAGUCCUGCCCGCAGCCAGGUUGAGCAAUCAAAAAAUACUCUAUUUUUUGCUGGUUGUGCAAAACAGGUGACUACUAAUGCUCGGGUCAACGUCGUGAUGUCAGACAAGGUUUUGGUAAAGCGACUACAAAAGGAAUUGUCUAGAAUGGAGGAUGAGUUGAAGAGCUUAAAUACCAUCAUACUAAAGGAAAGGGAACUUCAGAUAAAACAGAUGGAUAAGGAAAUUAAAGAAUUGACCCGGCAACGUGAUCUCUUUCAAAAUUUGCUCCAGUCAGUUGGGAAAGAUGGGGCUUUAAGAGUAGGUCAAGAUUGGGCCUCAGAAUGGUCAGGUGUUGCUAAUGAUCCUACUCCAGUUAGAUGCAUCAAUUCUGAGCAUUUUAAUACAACAACAUCCGUUUCGUCUAUUUCUAAUGAGCACCUUUUCAAGCAAUCUGAGAAUUCUGAAGACAACUUUCUCUUGGACGGAUGUCCUCCCACCUUUGUUGGGCCUGAUCCAUGUCAAGGUUGGGAGGAAAUGGAUAGGAGAUCUGAAUCUGAAGAUAACUGCAAGGAAGUGCCACGCAUUGAAAUAAAAGAAGUGGAAACAGAGCACAAAACAGAUAUUAAUAUGUCCAUUCCUGCUUUUGAAGAAAGUGAAAGAAAUAUUGAAAUAAAAGAAGUGGAAACAGAGCACAAAACAGAUAUCAAUAUGUGCAUUCCUGCUUUUGAAGAAAGUGAAAGAAAUUCACCCGUGAUUCAAUUUAAGGAAGUAGAUGAUAAAUCAUCCUCAGGGAACGGUCAUAGUGAUCAAGAUGCUCUUCAGAAAAAAACUGAGGACAUUAAAAGGACCAAGGACCAUUUUGUGGACCUCUCAGAAAAAUAUAAUGACACAUUUGAAUCCAAAUCUAGUUGCUUGGCUGCCAUGUCUCCUCAAGUAGGUAAGGUUGAUCAGGAAGAUUCACCACAUUCUCAAUUCGGUAUGUUGGAGCAGAAUGUGUCAACUCCUUCGUUUAAUGAGCUAGACCAGGAAUCCACAUCACCUCUUCAGUAUGAACAGGAGGAGCUUAAUAUUGAAUCGUCUCCUGAACUUGAUGAUGUGGACCAAGUAUCAUUCAAAUCAUCAGCUGGUGUUGAAAAGGAUUAUUCUCUUCAGUCUGAUCAGGAAUCCACACCACCUCUUCAGUCUGAUCAGGAAUCCACAUCACCUCCUCAGUCUUAUCAGGAAGGGCUUAAAACUGUUUCAGCUCCUGAAUUUGAUGAUCUGGAACAAGUAUCAUUCAAAUCACCGGCUGGUGUUGAAAAGGAAUAUUCUACUAAUUUGGAAUGCUUUCCUGAGAAGCUAUUCGAACCGAAGUUACGCACUAAAAGAAAAAAAUCUUCUCUAAUUCACAAGAUGAAUGCUUCAGGGGAAGAUGCAGAAUCUGUUAUGGAUUCUGAUACAGAGGAAACUGCCAGCAUCCUCAACUUUGAAGCAUCAAUGAACGAAAGUAAGCCAAAACCAGUGGACAUGGACAUUAAUAAUCUUAUGGUACCUGUGAGCACGCCUGGGAUCAAUAAAAAUGAGAACAGAGUAAAAGGUUUCAGUUUCCCCGGAGUUUGGGGGGAUUUAAUACCCUCUAAAUUUGAAAUGCAGCAGAAAGAUAUAAUCGACCUUUGGGAUACAUGCAAUGUGCCACUUGUACAUAGGUCCUAUUUUUUCCUUCUCAUCCAAGGUGAACUUUCGAAUUCUGUGUACUUGAAUGUAGAGCUCAGACGUUUGUCCUUUUUAAAGGACGCUUUUUCAAGCGGACAUUAUAUUACAGGAGAAGAAGGUCUUGACGUCACACCUAAUUCAAGCCUCGCAUCUCUGACUCGUGAGAGGAAAAUGCUCAGUAAGCAAGUGCAUAAGAAGUUUUCAAGGAAGGCAAAAGAGGAACUAUAUCUGAAGUGGGGUAUUGAUUUGAAGACUAAGGACAGAAGUACACAGUUGGCAUGGCUUGUAUGGACAGAUACAAGAGAUUUGAACCAUGUAAGAGAAAGCGCUGCACUUGUUGGGAAGCUGGUUGGUUUUAUUAACACCGGCGAGGCCUCAAAGAAAACUUUUGGACUUGGCUUCUUAAUGCGACGUAAAAGCGGGGAAUCCCCUGAUUGGAAGGAUACAAUGUCCUCUCUUUAA